AUGCGCCAUUUAACAACACUGCUACUGAGACGCACUAAGUCCAGCUGCCGCAAUAUGAAAAACCAGAAGGAGCAGUCGCAUUCCACGCCAGUCUAUGCUGUGGAUGCGCUGAACGCUCUGAAGCUGGCUGAGCAAUGCCUGCAGCUGGGGAAGGUGAUUGCCCUGCCCACAGAUACGGUUUAUGGCUUGGCCUGCGAUGCCAACAAUGAGGAGGCCAUACAGCGUCUCUACGAGAUCAAGGGACGCGACGCGCACAAGCCGGUCGCGAUCUGUGUGAACACCAUUGGUGCACUGCGUCGCUAUGGUCAGGCCAGCCACUUGAGUGACGAGCUGCUAACUCGCUUGCUUCCGGGGCCACUGACCAUUGUAAUCGAGCGUACGCCGCAGCUAAGCAAUCGCUUUCUAAAUCCCAGCACCACCCGCAUUGGCAUUCGCAUACCCGACUUCAAAUUCAUGCGCGAUCUGUGCGGCACGUGGCAUGAGCAGCCCCUGGCGCUGACCAGCGCCAAUCGCUCGAGUGCGCCGAGCAGCCUGCACAUCAGCGAAUUCCAGGCGCUCUGGCCACAACUAGGCGCCGUCUUCGAUGCCGGCCGCAUUGGUUUAAGCGAGGAGCGGCGUCUUGCCUCCACGGUCAUCGAUCUGGUCACUCCCGGAUGCUAUGACAUAGUGCGUUCCGGUGUCGCACUCAAACAGACGCUAGCGGUACUGCAUGAAUUCGGUUAUGUUGCCAAAUCCCAGUUGGGGCCCAUUUAG